UCAAGCUUCUCUUUUUCAACCUUCUCUUUCACCAUGUCUUCUUCUUCUGCCAAGGCAGCUGCUAAAGCUUUGGAGAGGAUCAGCAUUAUGAAUUCUGUGAGGCCUGGUUAUGUUGGUUUGUUUAAUUCAACCGUUACCGACAUGGUCACAAACAACCGUUUCCGCAAGGGUCAAUGUGUCGUCCUCGAGAUUGCACGAGCAGUGGCAAGAGCAUUGGGUAUUAGAGAAGAUGCGGUGGAAGAGAAGCGUCUUCACAAUAACUGGACAUGCUAUGAGAUUGUGCACACGGUGACGACCUCGAUGCCUCCUCCACCCAAAAAAGGGAUGCCGAUGGAUCCUCCAGUGAGCACGAUCACACGCUUCAGAGUCACUGCCAUGAGUGCAAUCAUCGAAGCCUCCUACACGAUAGUCGACGAAGAUGGCAAGAACAUGGGCAGCGAUGUCAAAGUCAAGCGAUACCAACUUCCAAACCCUGACAACAACGACGACAACAGCGACGACAGCAACAACGACAACUAAGCUCCGACGAACUCCUUAGACAAUAUGUUUGGAUUACAAAGAUCAUCUAAUUAUAUUUUUCUAAUCUGAGAAAAUUGAAGACUUCAUUUGGUAUUUGGUUGGUGUCACAUGGAGUCAAUAUCUGAUGUAACUUGUCUUACAAUAUUUCAGAAUCCUAUUUUAGGUUUUGUGUUCCCUUACUUUUAUGUCCAUGAAUAUGAUAUGAUUAGAGAGAUGGUUUGGUGGCUAAAAGAAAUGUUUCAUGUUAAAAACAAAUGAAGUGAAUUAUUGUGU